AGGCUGAGUUUGAAGUCUGGGAGGGUUGAGUCGAGGACUGACGAGAGCCGGGGAAGAUCAGACGGACGAAGUGAAGACUCUUCUGGAAGAACUGGAGACUAUUUUUGUUGAAUCAGGGAUUAAUUCUGCUCCUCAGUUUGGGAAAAGAACAUCAAAUCAACCGUUUUUCAUCCAUUUUAUGAUUUUCAGGGACUUUUUCGUGUGCUGAAGGUCUCAAAGAGGACAGUAUUGGGAUAUUCUCUGUGAUCUGCCUGAAUCAGGGAGUACAAACACACAUCUUCUACCUCAGCCGCAGGAUUAUGUUGGUGCGUGGUCGCUCUGAGGAUCUGAAGGAGGAUCAAAAUGCUGAAAUGUAAAGUUCAAAGUUACCUCUGCUGCCUUUGCUUCACCUCGCUGCUGCUGCUCCAGGUGAGUCUCCUUUCUUUAAUCGACCUUUUUUAAGAUUUAUGCAGAACUUAAGCUGCAAAUCAGGUCAAGAUACUUGAUUUUAAAGGCACUUUACCUGAGCCUCAUGCAAUGUAACUUCAUUUGUUCCAUUUUUUGUCCAUGUUUUGUCAAUUUAAGCCAAAAAACUGCCUCCUAUAUGUAAAUAUCAUCCUCUUUUUUUCUAAAUUUACCAGGAAAUAAACUUUAACCAUUAUAAAGCCACAUCUUUCCCAUUAUAUCUUACUGAAUAUUUCUGAUAAUUGACUUAUUCUUACAUUGUAUAUUCCAUAAUAUAUAAAUGAUGAUGUUAUCCUCUUAAAUACAUGCUUUUUUGCCUUUAUUUAAGAGGAUAGUUCAGUGUAAAUGACAUAAAAUAGAGAGAGACAUGCAGGAAAGGAGACACAUACUGGUAUCAAACCUGGGCACUUGAGGCAUGAUCUCCAUAUAUAGGGUACACACUAAGACCGCGAGACUAGCAGUGCCCUAAUCCAGACUUUCAAAUCCACUUUUUCAGACCCUCCUCAGGGAAUCCAGCUCCUUUAUGUCCACAUUUUAAAGAAUUACUGGUUUUGAUCAGCCUUACCCAGAUACCAACUUAGUAAAGAUCACCACAUUUGGAUGGGGCAACAUACUGCAUACUUUGUCCACAAGGGGCUAGCGUGGAAGCCUAGCUCUGUUCUGGGCUGUGGAUCCUGUAAAGGUGUUGGAAGACAGGAGGUUGAUGGCUAAGUUUCUCAUCCACUAUAGAGCUCUGUAACAGCACUGAGCAGCUCCGUCAGAGCGGUGCUUCUUCACUCGCCGUGUGUGACAGAGAUACCGCCGGUCUUUCCUUCCUGCUGCAGUCAGACUGUUUAACCAGGCCUGCUCCCAGUAGUCCAGGUUUUUUUUUAGCACGACUAACAGACGAUAACUCAGUGACCCCUGUGUGCAAAAAAGACAGGCCAGAUAUUUAUUACGAUGGCGAAUAUUUUCAUUUUUCUCAGGUUUGAUAAUGUGCAAUGAGAGGUCCAAUUCUUGUUUGUUCACUGUUGAACCGUUUCAGUUUUUUGUUGUUUAUAACAACAUUUUUUGUAAAGGUCUGAGUUAACUUUUUAUAAUUCUCUGUACACUGUGUGCAGGAUAAGUGUACUUAUCCUUCUAUGUUUUCUGUGCUGAUCCUAAACUGCUGUUAACACUGCACCAUGGGAUUUAUAAAGGUUGUUUGUAUACAUAUAUAGGCUGUGUCCGAAAUGAACCAUUCAAUCCCUAAUCCCUUCACUAUAUAGCUGACUAUGUAGUGAGCUCAAUUACCGGAGGUUUCUGACACGCAGUGCAUGACGGGAUGCCCACCACCUGUGAGUGAUCAUCGGAUGGUCACUACAUUUCACAAUGCUCUAUGGGAAAUUUUGAGUCACCUAUAUGGGGCAUUGGAAUUGAUCACUGAGGUUUCGGACACCCCUCAAAAUGGUGCUAACCCGCGUAAAGUCGCCUAUAUAGGGGUUAGGGAUCCAUUUUGGACACAGCCAUAUAUACAUAUAAAGAAGAACUUAAUUAAUUUAACUUGAUCUCUUGGUAUUUUUAAAAAACUCAAAUGUCAACCUGCAAUUGGCGAGACGAGUUUCAGGGUUAUUCAUCAGAGAGAAGAAACAAGUAAAUAUUUCCAGGUGUAUUCUUUUGAUAAUAAAGUUGUGGUGAGUCAUUUUGUUAUUAGAAUAAAAUCCUUAUGUAUCAUUAGGAGAAUAAAAUGAUAAUAUAAUAAGAAUUUUGCUAUCUUGUUAUGCUACGAGAAUAAACUUGUUGAGUUAUUUGAGAUGAAUAAAGUCGUUAUGUGAGGAGAGUAAAAUCGUCAUGUUAGUUUACAUGAAUAAAGUCGUUAUGAGUUGUUAUUUUACAAAAAUAGUCGUUAUGUUAGGAGAGGAACGUCGUUUCCUUACUUUACAAGAAUAACGAUGCACCAAAACUACGACUUUACCACCAUUUUAUUCUCAGAAGAUGACAACUUUAAUCUUGAAACAUUCGAACUUGAAAUUAAGUAAAUUUACUUCAACUUUGUUCACGAAAAAAGUGACUUAAAACUUUUACUUUUCCUUGGAUGCGGCCCUUUAACUUUGUUGUAAGUUGACAUUGAAGUGUGAUCUAGGUCUCUUGAAUCACUGAGUUGUAAUCUAGUUAUUCAAGAACGAUGACAAAAAAAAAACCACAUUUUAUUUAACAUCAACAAAGCAAUCUGUAUUCUUGAAGAGAAAUCAUGCAUAACUAAAGUCGGUACUCUUUUCAAACAGCGAGAGCGUAACUCUGUGAUUUUCUUCGCCCUAAAGUAACUGAACUCAGAUCCCUGAUGUUUGCAGAUCUCAGGGUUUAAACGGCGUCAUUGUUCGUCUAUGAACUCUUUAAACCUCAUUAUCAGUGACAAAUAGUUUCAUGUCCUGUUCUGCUUUCCAGGAGGAAGGUUACACAGUUCACUAUUACUGUCGCCAACUGUAUUAUCACCCCCCGCAUAUGCACGGACAUAAAAAAGGUCAAAGGUCAGGCGAGAAUUUGAACCCAGAAAAUGAUAAAAACCCACAAAUAGCAGCGAAUGAUUAAAUACCGUACGCUCAGUCGGAUGUUUCCUCAGAGAGAAACACAAAAAGGGUCAUUGUUCACGGCUUUUGGAGAUAUUUCAUUAAACAGAACUCAGAUUAAAACAGUUUUACAUUUCUAGACCUUUCUUGUUCUCAGCACAUGAUGGAUUCAGAGUUAAAAACACUUAAAGUUCAGGGAUUAAAAUGUAAACAAAGGGGAAAAAAAUGAAUAAAAUAUAAUAAAGUAAGAAUAUUACCCCCAAAAAUCAGAAAUUUCCAAAAACUGCUCUCUUUUUCUUUCUUUCUUUUUGGAAAUAUUUUAAUUGCAAAUCCAGUAACUAUAGAAACAAACUUUCAUGUUUUUUUUAAUGCUUAUAACUAACUUAGAGUCUGUUUUCCUAUCAGGAUCCAUGCAGAGCAGCUCCGGCAGUGAACCAGUCCCUUCCAUGUAGCAUCUCUGUGUCUGGAACUGAAUCCAGUCUGGACUCCAUCUCUCUGACUGUCAGCACACCUGGACACACCUGCUCCUUCAGCGUCUCGUCUCCAGACGGUGGAGCAGACGGCGCCGAAUGUCAGAAAAGACUAAAAACAGACGGACAUGAGGCAACAGAGACCAAUGAGAUUAAAGAGAAGGAGCGAGGAGAGGAGAAGGAGAAGGAGGAGGAAGGAGGGGACUCUUUAGGGACUAAUCAGUUAGGAGUGGAGGACAGAGGAGACAAUGAGACAGGAAGUGUUUUCACCUGUGUGUUGGAUCACCUGGAGCCGGGGACCGCCUACCUGCUGCAGGUUCAGUCCCAGAGAGACGAGGAGACGGCUAAUGUGACUGUGCACACCCGUGAGUUCAAACAUUUACUAAACUUUACUCAGAAACACGAACACCUCAUUUACAGGCGGAUAUUUUCAUACUUACUCUUUAUGGGGUUAUUUUUUGUCCUUUUAGUGCACAUUUCAAAACAACAAACAUUAGCAAACUAAUUUAUCUGUUUAACAAUUAACUAUUACACAUGUGUAAUAGUAGUUAUAAUGUGCUGUGCUUUACAAACAUGCACAGCGAGAGGACGAUAUGACAAUAAAGAGUCUGUAUCACAUCUGUAGUGAGCCAAUGUCUGCCAGGCCAAAAUCCAAAAUUUGAUCAAAAUCAAAACAAAAUUUUAUAAGGGGUGGAAGAAAAAAAUCAAUUCACAUAAGUAUUGCAAUUUAUUUAUUUAUUUUUACUAUUUUUAAAUCAAUUUUUUGUUUUUUGUUCAAAAAUUGAUUUUCUUUCAAGUUUAAGAAAAAAAAUCUAAUCUAAUCUAAUCUACAAUCAUAAAAACUGACUUAGAUUUGAUGUUUAAUUUUUGGGGAAAUAUGGUUCCUGGAAUAGUCAGUAGACAAUCACAAUCAUUCUACAGUUUCAUUGGUGUUACAAAUGCAGACAAAAAGUUGAGAAAAUCAACAAUAUCGUAAUAUCGCAAUUUAAAUUGAAUUGGCAUCCAAAAAAUCGUAGUAGAAUCGAAUCGGGAGAAAAGCAUAUCGUCACAGCCCUUGUGUGUGUGUAUAUAUAUAUAUACAAUAGCUACAAUAAGAUUUGACAUUAUAUUAUACAUUAUAUGACAUAUAUAUAUGACAUUAUUUAGUCAGAUAUGACACUAUGAGACAUUAUAAAAUUAUCACCUCUGUUAAGAAGUUUCUUUAGGUUUGAUUGUGCUGCACGAACAAACUGUUCCCUCUGAAGUACAAAUGAUUGAAAAAUAGCAAAAACAACAAGCCCAAAUGUUACUUAUGAUCCGAGUGUAAAUAAAGACUCACAAACCAAAGAUGACGAACAACAGUCUACAGACUUUCAUCAAACUCAGAUUGUUUUAUGUUUCUGAACUUUCAGAGUGUAAAGGUCUGAGCUCAAUAUUUAGUCAAAUAUUCGAUUGUUUUCUGUUCUGCUCAAUUGUUUCCAUCUCCUCUGACCCCUCGGCUUUUGAAGUACAAGAACACGACAAGACCUCCAUGUUGUGUCAAGUCUUUGUGCGUUUUUUCAUGUGUGUGUGUGUGUCUCAGAGUGAAUGUGGUUUCGCUUCCCUCUCUGCAGCUCUGUGAUUAGCUACAGGAACAGAAAUCCUGCUGAGAGAGAGUGAUAGAGCCCAAACCCUGCACAUACAUAGACAUGUGUGUGUGUGUGCUUUGUGUUUUGUGUAAAUGUGUGUGUGUGUAUGUUGUGUCUCCACGCUGGAGGGCGUCCAGAACAGAAGUUGGACCCUCAGUGUGUAUUUCCAUCGUGGGCAGAGCUCCGGGUUCAGACAUUUCCUGCCUCCAUUGUUUCUUUGUUCAGUGGGAAGCACUGGGAAAGGGUGUGUGUGUGAGUGUGUGUGUGUGUGUGUGUGUGUGUGUACAUAUGUGUGUGAUGGGAGGAAACAGGGUGUUGCUGCGCCCAGUCGGGUCCUGAAGGUAACCCUAACAGCAACACUUCUUCUUCUGUGGUUUCUUAUCUCCUAACGCUCUUUGACCUGUCGUGGUCACAUGACCUCUCAGGAUUGUUUUUACCUGUUUUCUCUCUUUGUUGCCACCAAAGUUUCCUCAGAGAUGAACUAUAGAAAUUACAAUGUAAACUAUUGCCUCAAAAAGUUUGACGGGUCAAAUGCUGGACAACACUGCCUUGUAUCUUCCUCCUUUUUUGCUCCGUUUUUGGUCUCCUCCACCUUCUUGUUCAAAACAUAGUAUUUUUAGCUCUUAAUUUUUUGCAACAUGAAAAAAAAAUAUUGAGACUGAACUUAAAGGAGACUGUUUAUUUAAACUGUAUAUGUCUGGAACUGCAUUUCGAAAUCUGUAAAUUAUAUUUUCUGUUUGGUUCGUCGCCUCGUGUUUCCUGUUUAUAAUCGUUCGGAGCUGGAUUUUUCGGCAUUUUGUGGUCUUAACUACAAAACUCUGUAAUGGAAUGAUUUUGUGCUGAUAAUAUCUUUGUUCAGUAUCUUUAAUUAUUCUAAAAAAAAAGGAUGUUUCGGUAUUUUCAAAAUGCGAUUUUAUGAGUUACAAGUCAUAAGAAAGUGUCUUUGCCACCCCCUUUAAUAAGAAACUUCCUGGAGGACCGACAAGCAAGCUAGGCUACAGUUUUCUACAGACACGUGAUUUAAUGGAUAUUAUGAGACUUUGCUCCAAACACUCAUCUUACUUUGAGUUUUCAUUCUACCAAGGGAGUUUUGUCCUUGACAUAUUUCGAUUUCGGUAUCUCUGCACCUUAAUUUGCAUUAUUUCAAACACCGUAUUCCUAAGAAGACCACCAAAUGGACAAUGUGACCCCGCUUCAAAGACACCAAACAUCCCCUCAAGGGUGUAUAAACAAUUUGGAUUUUACUUACUCUGUGUAGUUUACAUUACAUUUGUGUAAUUUAAAAUAGUAACAAAACAGAGACUCUUAGGAGGAUGACAGGCCCCGCCUUCAAACCAUCAUAUUGAAUUUUACAUAAUUAGGGAUGUGGCUGAUUUAAUUGGACUCACUGUAGUUGUUAUUCAGGAAGCUAAAAGCAGAAACUUUGUCACUUUGGCUUUGCUGGGUUGACCUGAGGUUGAUUUUUGAACAUGGUGACCAACAUCAUUGGGCACCAAAAUAUGAAUUAGCAAAACUCACCAAAAAUUAAUUUUAUGUACUAAUACGAAAUGAUAUUCAAGUUAAGAUAUCAAAAAGUAGACAUAUCAAACAUCUCCACGCACAGCUUGGUGCCAUAUAUAGAUUUAAAAUAUCGUGUUUACUGAUGAAGAAAACUAACAAACAAACUAAUGUAUUCAACCAGGCUUCAGAAAGACGUGAAGGUCUGCGUUUAACUUUAAAGAAACUCUUAAUAUUUCUGCCAUUUUCUUCCUCCCCGGCGUCUUCUCUGUUAAAACUCAGCGAGUGUUGAAACUGGAGGAUUGACAAACAUCAACAGUCGGUCUAAAAGCUGCCUCAGACUCUCAGCGUUUGUUUGCCUCGCUCUGGCACUCAGAGCUGAGAUGUCGCAGCCUGAUAAUAUUGUUUGACCUCAGUUUGAAGCACCAGUGGCGACACAGAGGCACUAACACUCGACGAGGCAUUGUGGGAAAAUAAACCGGGGACGGCUUGAAGAGAAGCAGGGGAGUAGGAGUGUUUUUCAGCCGCAGCGUGUCAACAGGACUCCCACAGAGCUCCGCGUUUGAUGACAAGGCCACAGUUUGAGGCGAGGGGUCGUUUUCCUGCUGAAACUUUCCUGCUGUUCCACUGAAGCUCACGCUAAAAACAGAUAAAUCACUUUAAAGGAACAGUUCAAAACUCAGGGGGUGGUUUUGACAGGCUGUGCGCUAAGUCGGGCUGACAUGCAUCCUCUGUCUGAGAGUGAUGAUCAUUUUAAGACCAGUUUUUUUUGACGUUUGUGUGUGUUUUAUUCUCAGGGCCGUCAGCUGUGAGCGACCUAUCAGUGACCUCCAGGACCAGCAGCAGCCUGGGACUUUCCUGGCAGGCUGGCGAAGGAAGGACACAACGCUUCAGGCUACAGCUUCACGAUCACACAGGUAAAUCUGUCAAGUUUAAUCCCCCGAAUAAAGAAAAAACAAACCAGAACAGCAAGUUGUGAUUUUAGAUUUAAUGUACCGAUAAAAAGGAGGACAAGAUGACAGCUCUCCUAAAGUGAAGCCAACAAGUUCAGAGCCCCCUGUUGGACAAAGGAGAGAGUGCAGGUUUCAGACAUUGCUCUGUUUCUGUCCUCAGGUCUGCUGAGAAACGAGACGCUAGAAAGCACAACGACACAACACACACUCCUCAACCUGACACCUGGACGACUGUACAAUGUUACCAUGGUUACAGAGGCAGGUGGGCUGCGGAACAGCCUCACAAUGGAGACUCAGACAGGUAAAAAAGAAAAGGGAAGAAGAGGAUGAACACCGGAAAGGAGAGAAUGAGGAAGUGAAUAACUUUCAACUUCUCUUUUUUAGUCCCUGCUGCUGUUUCCAAUCUCACCGUCAGCCGCAGUAACAGCACAAGUGUCCUGUUGUCAUGGCAACAACCUCAGGGCGACCUGGACGAGCAGAUCGUCACCCUCUCGCCCAAUGACACAGACAGGAGAGAGAUUACUCUCCCUUCAGACGCCACAGAGGUCACGGUUGAUCAGCUGACUCCAGGCUCGGCCUAUCAGGUCAAGGUGACGACCAGAAGCGGGAAACUGACCGACCAAUCAGAAAUCACUGCCAGGACAGGUGAGAUGUUGGUCAGAGUGUUUUAUUUUCCACCAUCUUUUCCUUUUUGUUACUCAAUUUUUUACUUAUUUUACCCUUUUGGCAACAUUUGUAAGUGUUUUAAGUCAAAAGAAAAUUUUGUAAAACAUUUUUUUUUACAUUUUUCAACUCUUACUCUUCUGUCUUUUGUCUUUUUUAUUUGUUGUCAGUCAUUUUCUUUGUUUUUGUCUUUUUUCUGUAUCAAUUUUCUCCUUUUUCUUUUUUUUCUUCCUCUUUUUUUGGUUUUCCAUUUUUCCUUUUUAUUCUGUCAAACUUCAUAUCAUGUCUUUAAUUUGCUUUUCCAUUUUCUCUUAAAUUGUCUUUACCCUUUUCUCUAAUUUUCACUUUUUUGCCUUUUUUUAUUGUUUUCUCUCUUUUUCUUUAACUUUCUGUGACUUCAUGUCUUUGGUUCUUUUUUUCUCAUUGCUCUUGUUCUUUUUUUCUGCUUGUUUUUUUUUCCGUUUAAUCAAUAUUUUUCUUUUUUUUAAUUUUUGUCAGUGAAAUUUGUGUUUUUGAUUUUUCUUUAAUAUUGUCUUUUUGUCUUCUGUUUUUGUCUUUUCCUAUGUCUUUCGUUGUUCUAUUUUCUUUCCCUUAUUUUUAAGAUUUUUUAAAUCUACUUUUUUUUAAAUCUCUUUCUCCUCCAGCUCCAGCGGCAGCAUCCUUCCUCUCCCUCUCUCCUUCCUCCUCUGAUAGCGGCCUCCUCCUGUCUUGGACGCCCCCUGCAGGCCACUGGGAAAGCUACAGGGUGUUCCUGUUUGACGGUCUCCAGCAGUUAGUCAGCACCACCCUGGACAAAAAGGCAGUAAACUUCAGCUUUUCAGGGACAGGACUAAUACCUGGAAAACUUUACAGAGCUGAGCUGAGGGUGGAGAGCGGAGGCCUGACAGCUGAGAGCAGCUGUGAGGGAAUGACGGGUACGUCGGAAAUUGAAGCUGAAGAUUGAAAUACAGAAAGAAAUCAUAGAAAUAUCCACACAUGAAAUAUUCAGUAAGUCAAUACAGAUUUAACACAUUUUUGAGAAUGAAGUCCAUCUUUUUUUUGCAGUUCCAGCCGCCGUGUCAAACCUCCACAUUCGACACUCUGAUGAAACUUCUCUCAGCGCCAUGUGGAGCCACGCCCCCUCUGGGUUACGUGACAGCUACUUCCUGAGUCUAAGCCACGGUAACCAACGAGAAACACAAACGAUCGUGUAGAUUUUUUUAAACUUAAUUCAUUUGAAUAAACUUUUUCUCUAUGGAUCUAGUAGGUAACGACACCGUUAAAACCAGGGAGGUGGAGCCGAACAUGAGGGAGUGCACCUUUAAUGUGCUCACACCUGGGAGGCGGUACAACAUCACCGUGACAACCAGGAGCGGGAAACUGAACAGCUCAGUAUCAGUGGAGGGAGCGACAGGUGGGAUUGUAUUUUUGUAUCUUUGGGACUUUUUUUAAAGCUCCUGUGAGGAAUUUUCAGUCCAUUUCAGAAACGUCAAAAAACUCCUUACUGGAGCUUUAACUUUUACUUCUGAUUCUGUGUGUCUGUGCUAAAAUACAACAAUUACAGUUUUAAUCUCAUGUACAUUUCCAGUCACAUAUUGGUUGUUUUCAUUAUUAUUUUUUCUGAUUUGUUUAGUUCCCAUGGCCCUGCGCAGUCUCACACUGAGGAGCUCUGGUGUCAACAGCCUAAAAGCAUCAUGGGAGAAACCACCAGGAGAUGUAGAUCUGUACACGCUGACGCUACUUAAGGACAGGUGAGAUUAGAAGAAAAAUACACAACUGUCCUCUACUUUAAAUCCAAACUAGAAACACUUGUAAAGCUUUUACUUCUCUACCCAGACAUCUUGACAAAACCUAGACCUCGCACAGGGUGUUUUUUUGUGAUUAAUCUCAUGUAACAAGGUAAAAAGCUGACAUAAAUCACAUUAAAUUUGUGUUUUUUUUCCCCCAUCAUUAGUGCUGUGGUUAAAAACUACACUGUCCCUGUUGGAUCUUCCUCUCUGCUGCUCGCUGGUUUGACUCCCGGCGCCCUUUAUAAGCUACAGGCCGCUACCGUCAGCGGAGGGCUUCAGUCUAAAUCUGUCAGUCUGGAUGGACGAACCAGUGAGUAAAUCUCUCUCAAUUUAAGUGUUUAUACCUGUUUGUGUUGUAAAAUUAAGUUGGAUAUUAAGGAAACGUUUUUUUUCUUAAAGGAAACUAUUAUCCUAGCCUCGCACCCACCAUGUCAAGGGUCAGUUUCGACCGUGUUUUAAAUCAGCUGUAAGUUACACUAAAAAUAAUUCUCCAUUCAUCCAAUCAUCCAAUUUGGUUCUCAUCUCUAGGUUACCUUGUUAGGCUUCAUUAUCCAUGAAAAUAUUCUUCUCUUUCAGAAAAAAUACAACUUAAGAUGUAAAAAUACUUUUUGUUUCAAAGUCUUUAAGCCAUUUUUGUGUGAAGUUUGAACUCAACCUGCUUCACUUUGUCGCUGCGGGCGGGAAUUUUCCAAGUUUGUUCUCAGCACGACUUUGACGGUAGUUUUUGUUUACAGGGUCAAAGAUGUCAGCGGUUAUGUAACACAGUUUAAUUGUUUGAUCCGUGAGACUAUGAAGGGACAAUAUUCCUGCUUCCUGUCCAACACAUCCAGAUUAUGUUUACAGAGACAUUCAGAGACUUUCUCAAACAGGGGAAAGUUACCAGUUUAUAAAGACGUCAGCAGAGUGAAUUACUGAUCAAUCAUCAACUAUACAGGCGUGUUUUUAGUAUUCAAUUGUUUAUUGAUCAAGAUUUCUUCACCUUAAAAUUUCAGAGAUAGGUUUUAGGAUGAGUAAUUAUUUAUUAUAUUUUUUUAACACUAAGGACAUUUUGUUUAUCACGCUGAUUUAAUCCCAAUUUGUCAUUUAGAAAUGAAGCCAAGGUAGAAAAUUAAAGGUACGUGUUUAAAGGUCUUGAGGCUAAAAUAAAUGUGUGUGUGUGGGUGUGUGUGUGUGUGUGUGUGAAUAGGAGUGCAUUAUAUGAUAACAUUUUUUAGAACAAUAGCUCAAAUACCAAAAAGAAGGUCUGGAAUGAAAACACAUCGACACUCCCAGUUCUCUACUCAAAGGCUUCCUGUACACUUAUACACACACACACACACACAAAUACACGUAUAUUAUACACACACACAUACUUCCUGCUUUAAGCACCUAUUGUGCUGCUGAAAAAUGUCCCGGUUAUUUUCGGCCCGUGCUGUGUUUAUGUCCUUAACCUGCCAGCCAAUCAGCACUCAUCAGAUCGCAAGAUCUAAUAACAAGCUCCGCCCCCAACCUCCUUAAAUAACCUCUUAACUGGGCGACAAACAUUCAUAUGUCGCACAGUACGGCAUAGCAGUCAAAAAGAUACUCUCAGAUCACAUUUCAGUAUUCACAACUGAAUUAACUGCAAUACUUGUAGCCUUACAGUGGGUACAAGAAAAUAAAGAAAGGAAAAAUGUUAUAAUUACCUCAGACAGUCUUUCUGCGCUGGAAAGUCGUUAUGCAGACAGGACGUUGUCUAUGACAUAUUAAAACAUCUUACAAGGACAAGAUAUCUCUUUCCUUUGGAUCUCUGCUCAUGUAGGAGUCAAAGGGAAUGAAAAAAGUUGACUUGUUGGAAAAAACUGCAAUGAAAUCACAGGACAUAGACAAAGUAGUAACACUUUAUUAAGAAUCACACUUUAAAAAUAUGGCAAGAAAACUGGAAUAUAGCUGACACAGGAAGACAUCUGUACAAAAUCCCAAAACAUGUUGGCAGAAUAGCUACGCAGAGCAGAAGCACAAAGGAAGAGACGGUAUUUACCCGUCUAAGAAUUGGGCACACAGGACUCAAUCAGAGCCUGUAUUUGACUUUGUGAUGACUGUAAGACAGCAGAAACAGUAAAAAAUGUACUUAUUGAUUGUGUUAAACACACACACAGAAAAGGCAACAGGUUAGUCACCAAUUUGAGAAAGAAAAUCUGGAUCUCACUGGAGAGAAUUUAUUAAAGUUAGCAUCUGAAAAAAGUAUUCAAGGCAUUAAUGAAGUAUUUGAGAGAGACUGGCUUAUUGUACAGAGUUUAACUUUGGAGCUUAGUGAGUAUAUAUAUGUAGAGGCAUAUAUCUUUCUUCUUAAAGGUGGGGUAGGCAGGAAUCUGUUAAAGAAGCAUCUAUUUUUGUGGUGUAUAUACAAAAAAUCCUAAUAAGAAAUAACUUUUAAUUGGCCAACUUUCCAAACAUCCCAGUUCUUCAGACUAUCUCUGGAAAUUUCCUGUUCCUAAAAUUAGCAAAAAAGUAAAGUAACCCUAUCAGCAGCACCAAACUUGCUGCAAAUGAAAACAAGAAUCGUUGUCACUAGUUUUCACUUUUCUAAAAUGACCAUCUUCCUCUUCUUUUCAGCCCCAGCGUCGGUCUCUGAGGUGACUGCUGCCAAUGGCGGCAGGUCCGACGCUCUGCAGGUGUCAUGGCGCCCAGCGGUGGGCGAGGUGGACAGCUACCUGGUGCGUCUUCAAGAUGGUAGUCGAACCGUCCACACGCUUGCUGUGUCCCGCUCCUCGCCGCCUGAGUGCUCCUUCAGCUCACUGGUCGCCGGGAGACUGUACUCGGUAGUCAUAGUAACACGGAGUGGCAGCCUGGAGAAUACAACCAUCGUUCAAGCUCGGACCCGUAAGAUGAACUUACAUGUUUCAUCUACUUUUCUACAUGUUUCAUAGAAUCAACCUCUGAGUUAAUUUUGUCUAUUUUUUCAUGGAUUUGUGUUGCAGAACCUGCGACUGUACAAAACCCGACAGCUAUUCACUCUGCGAGAGACGACUUCCUCAAGGUUUGUUUGAUGUUUCAACUGUUUAAAAACUCUGAUUUUAAAAGUUUAGCGUUAACUUUUUUCAAAUUAGUCUAACGCACGUUUUCUCACAGGGGUUUUAUAUAAUAUCUUUGACAUUUACUCAAAAUUUCAACUUUAAAAAUGUCGAUAAAAAAUAUUUUGUUUUCUUUGAAGCAACUUUUGUAGUUUUUCUUUCUUAUAUUGACAUGCAUUUCUUUCCAAAAGUUUUACGUAAAGUUUUAACAAAGUUUGGAUCAUCAACUAUAAACUCUGAGUAUUGGUAAUAUUUAAUAUUAAAAGUGUGUUUUGUUCAGGUGUACUGGCGUCACGCUGCAGGAGAUAUGGACCGCUACGUAGUUCUGAUUCGUUACAACAACAGCGCUCUGCAGAAUAAGAGCGUCUCAGCAGGACACAACGAGUGCGUCUUCUCAUCUCUGACACCGGGGAGACUUUACACUGUUACCGUGGAAACCUGGAGCGGAGACUACGUCAGCAGCGUCUCCACUGAUGGACGCACCUGUGAGUCGGAAACCAGAAGAAAAAAGUUCGAUAUGUUAGAAUUUCGUCAAUAAUAAUCUAUGUAUUUUUUCAUAACAGUUCCAGCAGCUGUUAGAAACCUGUCGCUGAGCAAUGCGGGAACAGGUGAUCUGACCGUCACCUGGAGCCCCGCCCCUGGAGAUGUGGACCACUAUGAGGUGUGUUUGCACUUCUGGAGAAUUAAGUUGGUUACAUUUUAGAGAAUGAAAUGGUUGAAACUUUGGGUUGAGGACUUUAAUGUGAGUAAAACCGCUCAUUCCAGGUGACUCUGCUCUUCAACGACACUCGGGUUUUCCCUCCGGUCACGCUGAGCAGCGAUGUGCGACAUCAUCAGCUCACCUCUCUGAACUCAGGGAGACUUUAUAAGAUCGUGGUGUCAACAUUCAGUGGGCCUUACCAGAGAGCGCAGUUUAUUGAAGGACGAACAGGUAAGACAGUCACGAUGUUUUCGACAUCUUUAUUUUAAACACCUUGACGCUGGUUUUCCUGAACAAAGACUCUGCUCUUCAGUCCCCAGUACGGUUGGGAACCUCCGCCUGACUCCUCGACCAGGUGGGCUGUUGGUCACCUGGACGCCUGGAGGAGGAGACCUGGACAUGUAUAUUGUCUCUUUGUCCACCACGGUGAGUCCAGCUGCAGAAAUCCAACAAUGAAACUAACGCAAAAGUGGAAAAAUUGCAAAUGAAAAGGGGCCUAGAAUUGACCCUUGUGGGACACCCAAAAUACAAUAUUGGCCUAUUGAUAGAUAGUGAUGGGCACGACAGUUCUUUUAGAUUUACUGAAUCACUAGAAUCAGUUCACCAAAAAGAUUCGUUCAAAAGAUUCGUUCACCAAAUCACCGAAUCAUUCAGCGCUUGGCAGGAGGAACCUGCGACUCCAACUGCUUGAACUGAUACACAGCUGAACGGUUCAGGAUUCAGUUCAGUUCUCUGCUUGUGGGACCAGAAAGCUCCAUGCAUGAAGAAACAAACGAAUCACUUAAUGAAGUGAUUUGGUUCAGUACAUUCAUUUAAAAGAUUCAGUUCUUUUGAACGAAUCGUUUGCGAACUACACAACACUAUUGAUAGAUAUUAAAACUGUAUGAAAAGUUGGGUAAAUGGGUGGGAAAUACAACAUACAAAUUGAUAAAUGUUUUAAGUAUCCCUUUAUCACUUUCUGUCUCCAGGAUGGUGCCGUAGUUGAAACUCGGCCCGUCCCCAAAUAUGUCUCCUCCUUGGACUUCCUGGAUCUGAUCCCAGGAAAUGCCUACACCAUCACCGUCGAAUCAUUAAGCGGGAAACUGACCAAUAGCAACAAAGCCACUGGAAGAACAGGUUUGAACCUGAACGAAGUGUCACUAAUUAGUAGAAGAUUUGAAAGUGGUGUUAAUGAUAAUAAUAAUAACAGUUUUUGUGUCUGCGACCUCCAGCUCCGGCGAGUGUCACCGCCCUGCAGGCCGAUAACGACCACACCACCCACAGCCUCACCGUCAGCUGGGAGAGGCCGGUGGGCGUGUACGACGGCUACAGUCUGCAGCUACUGGACGAGGCCGGCGUCGUUCAAGCCAACCGAUCGAUCUCUGCGGAGGCGCGGAGCGAGCGCCUGGAGGGUCUGACGUCUGGGAGGUGGUACAAAGUGAGGAUGGUGACGCUCAGCGGGGGGGUGUCAUCAGAGGAGGCCGACGCAGAGGGUCAAACCCGUGAGUUUUUAAAUCACUGUGAAUCAGUGGUCAUGUAGUAACUCUUUUCAUUAAUAUAAUAAUAAUACAACACAUGACAUGAUACCGUACAGUAUAAUAAAGUUUGACCACCGUCUGUCUCUGGGUGUUUCAGGUCCGUCUGCUGUCAGUAAUCUCACCGUCACCUCCCUCAACACCUCCUCUCUCUCCUUCACGUGGAAACCCUCUGAAGGCCACGUCGACAUCUACGACCUCUCGCUCUAUAGUAUCUCCGAGGCAACAACCAAUCACAGACAGGACGCUGCAGGGGGCAGAAAGGAGCUUCACCAGGUGUGACGACACAAGAUGAAUCCAGUCAAAGAAAACUAUCAAUUUGCACAUGAUGAAUUACAUUUAGCAGUACAGCUCUGUUUGUGCAUUCUUCCUGAAUGAAAUAAACUGUAUGUGAUCUGCAGGUUUUGGGGGAGCUGGUCGACCUGCAGAAAGUGGGUCCGACUGCAGACAGCUGUGUGUUCUCCGGACUGAAAGCAGGAAGUCUCUACAGACUGCAGGUGGUGAGCUGGAGCCGAGGCAUGAACAGCGACUCGUCUGUACUCGCCCGAACCGGUCAGUCUACACUUUGAUAUGAUGUUGUUUGUUUUAGAUUUUUGCCAUCUUUGAAUCUUUUUUAAGUUGUCUCUCCUCCCCACACACAUUUUUCUCCUCAUUUAUCAUCUUUUUUAAAAUGGUGUUCAUUGUGUGCCCCCUUCCUUUCCUGCACCAUGUUUGUUUUAUCACCGAAAUAAUUUAAUUUUUAUUUAUUUUCUAUUUUCUGCAUUUCUUUGCAUUUUUGUCCUCUUUCUCUUUGACAUCUCAUGCAAUAAUUUUCAUUUCUGCAGUCCCGUCUACGGUGAAGUCCCUUCGUGUUCGGAGUUCAGAGCUAACAGACCGACUGACUGUUACCUGGAAGCACGGCGAGGGAAGCAGGAGCAGUUAUCAAGUAGGUUAAAUGUCUGUUUUUACGAUAACCAUAUAAAAGUCUACCUGAGAUACUUUUAAACAAAUAUUUCAGUGCAAAAGUGCUGAAGUUAUUGAACCCUAUCAGAAACAAAAACCUGAUCUGCUCCUAACCUUCUAAAAUGUAAUCUCUACAGUGAUCUUGAAUCAGAUUCUCCUCCCAGAAUCAAACUUAAACCUCUUCCUGUUGUUUGUUUCUUUGUGUUUUCAGGUGAAUUUGUACGACGCCUCAGGAUCCUCUCUGGGAGCUCAGACGCUGGGGGCGGAUCACAUAAGUCAUGUGUUCUCUGGGCUGGUUCCUGGUAGGCUGUACCGAGCUGAGGUCAUCACACACAGCGGGGAACUGGCCAAUAAUGUCUCAGCGCUUGGACGACCAUGUAAGAGAAGUUAAAACCAAAAGUUAAGUAGAAAAAGAGAAUUAGUUACUGUUUUUGUUCACUGUUUAUUUUCCUCUCAGCUCCAGAACCACCGACCCACCUGUCCGUCAAACAGGGCCCGACCAAUGACAGCAUAGAGUUGUCCUGGUCCGGUCCGGCCCGCGGGGACUACCACAGCUUCAACCUGCAGUGGACUCCUCCGGACCAGCUGUCAAUCACACAGACUCAACUAACGAGCCGCAUUGUGGGCGGGAUGUUUCCAGGGCGACUGUACAACUUCACCGUGGAGACCAUCAGCGGGGGCGGAGCCAGGGGGUGGCCUACAGCCAAGAGUCAGCCAAUCCAGAGGAACGUGAGGACAAGUGGGUAGAAUCAAGUCUCUAAAGAAAGAUGAUUUUAAGUCUCGAAGUUUAAGUUUCAGAAACAGAAAAAGAUGAGAUAUAAAUAUUCACUAAAAUGAAUGUUGGGCUUUAAAUUAGUGUGGUAUUCAAAUAUAAAAUAUUUCAUGAUUUAUUUUCUAUGACAAAUAGACAUUGUCAAAAAAAAUAUAUAAAUGCUAUAAAACAAAUUCUAUGUUGAAAUUCCCUCAUAAAUUACAUUUGUUGCACUUUUCACUGUAACCACUAGAUGGCAGCAUAAUAAAGGUCCUGCAUGUGAAAGUAGAGCACAAUCCAACGCACAGCACUCACUUUCUGUUUAUCUUUGGGUUUUUGGCUGCAAGGAUCAAAUCUGACAGCCAGGAAAAGAGGAAAAAAAUGACACACUUUAAUCAAAGUUUGUUUAUUUCUGUAUUCAUGAAGUGACCUGGUUUCUUUUUUAUUUUUAUUUCUAUCAACCAAGGGCAACUGAAGAGGGGGUUCAGGAUCAGCCAGAUAGAGAAUAAUGACUUUUUACAUGAAAUUAUGAUUAAUAACAACAACAAUAAAAAAAAUAAAUCAAUAAAAAUAAAAAAUAGAAAAGUUAUAAAAAGUCCUUUCUGGUUUGUUUAAAAAGCAGAAGUUCACUUAAAUAAAACUGUUGUUUAGAAAGCUAAAAUAAAAAAAAAUAAUAAGUCCAAGUCAUAAAUGCAACUUAAUGAAGUUGUAGGAGGUGGACUUUAUUUUCCAAGUUAAGUGUUUUUUUUUUUUGUCUGUUAAUUUUCUGAUUUAUUUAAAUUACAGACUGGUCCUUUAAGAGUUAGAUGUUAUAGAAAAAAAACUUGUUCAAACUUUUAUUUUCUUCUUUUAGUAGCAUUUGUCUAUAGUUUGGAUUGUAGAAUAACACAAUAAUCACAAGUAACAGCAAAAACUGUGUUAGAAGCGGCAGAAAAGUGUUUUUUUUUUUAAAGGUAACCUUCGCUUCGUUUUUAGCGCCUAAAGUCCUGAAAGGUUUUUAUUUUUUAGUAAAAGUGACAGAAGAUUAAUUAGGUUUUACCAUCAGCUCAGUGCGAGCCAGAAGAAGAUAAAUACGUCCUCUUUCACCUUUCUUUCUAUCUUCUCGCACAUUAAUCAUCCCUUUUAAGAAACGCUUUUAUCGUCUCAUCGCAACAAAUAAACCUAACCUUUAAGAAAAGACUCGGGUUUAUUAUCGGCUCAUACAAUACAGAGAAGGAGGGAAAUGAUCAAGAAAACACAUGAGAACAAAAGUAUGUUUACAAAGAGGUCAGAGGAGAAAAUGAACUGAUAACUCACCUUUUCUCCUCCUCCCUUAUCUCCUUUCCUACUCCCUACCAAUCCUCUUUUUUUAUGCCUGACCUUUCCUCUCCUCCUCCUCUUCAUUACCAUCUUCUCUCCUCUUUACUUUGAACAUGACCUUUCUCUUUAACUUUACUUUUUCAUUUUCUUUAACCGCUCUCUGCAUCACUGUUUCAAUAUUUACUCCUCCUCCACUUUUAUUCCUCCUUUUCUUCACUUAAACUUAACUUUAACCUAACUCCUCUCCUGCCUACCCUCCUUUCUUUCUCUCCUUGCUCUUCUUCUUCCCUUGUCUUCACCUCUUUUCUCUGUAUCCUCCUUUUCCCUCCUUUCUCCUUGCAGGUCCAUCUCCUCUCAGGUCCAUCCACUGCUUCCCGGUCUCCUCCUCCUCCCUCUCCUGCUCCUGGUCGCCUCCAUCCUCCGAUUUCGAUGCCUACGAGGUUGAGUGCCGGCGCCACGAUGACGGGGAGCUGAUCUCUGCCCUGAAGCUGGCUGGUGGCGUCACUGCGGUAACGCUGGGUGACCUGGAGGCAUACAGGAAGUACUCUGUAACUGUCAGAGUGUCGUCGGCCGGGCAGACGAGUCUACCUGCGACACACACGACCGUCACCAUGAUAGACCGUGAGUUCACACACAUGCACACAAUCCCUCAGGUGAUGUAGUUGACUCUGGUGUUUAAAUAGGACGACUCACAUGGGAGACACAUAGAGACGCAGAGAGAGCAGAGCUGGGUUUAUUUAUACGUUUAUAAUAAUUAAUUUGUCAUUUCAAAUAAAAAUAAUCAAAUCACAAAAUCCACUUGAAGAAAGAAGCUGUUGCAGUUUGAUGCAGCAGAAGGUUGUGGGUCAGGAGAGAAAAAAACUGUAAAAUAUUAAAAAAGUUACUCUGCUCCUGGAUUUAGCUUAACUUGACAAACUCUACUAUUAUCGAACAAUGGGAGAAACUUCGGUAGCAGGUGUUAGCGACUCCUGGCACUGAAAUAAACCAAAAGAGGAACAGUUUUCCUCUCAGUUUACAGAAGCAAAAACAGCCCUCAAUAAGAGACACUUUCUCUCACUGUGUCACUUUUAGCUCUUUCUUACUCUAGAUAGUCGCUUUGACCCAAAAUCCUCACAAACUUCCAUCUUCACAACCCAAUUUUCCCUUUUUUUUUUUUUUUUUUUACCCCCACAAUCUCUGCCUUCCUUUCUCCAGCUGUGUUUGGCUAUAAAUCAUCCUGACACAACUAGACUGUGAGACUGAAUUAAAGCGAACUAGAGAAAGAGGGGAAAGGCUGCUGACAGAAUAAUACAUAAAUAAAUAGAUAUAUAAGUAAAUAAAUAUCUAAUUGAAUAAAACAUUUAAUAUAGAUAAAAAACAAAAAAAUAAAUGAAAAAAAUAGAUUUUUAUAUAUAAUGUCAAAAAAAAGGUGAAAAGAUGAUAACAGAGACAGUAAAAAAAAAUUUAAGAGGUUUUUAUUGAAGUUAAUUUUUUAACAUGUAUACAGAACAAAAAAAAGCAAAUAAAAUCUUAAAAAAAUAAAAUAAAACACUAAUUUUACUGAAGCAUAUAUUGCAUGUAUUGUAUCAGAAUAAUUAAUUUUUAUAUAUAUUUUUUUUUUUAAUCAAAUGAGAUAACUAUUUCAUUAAUACCAGAGAGAAAAAUCUAAUUUUUCUAAAUUAAUGAUAUAAUUAUUUUGUUAAUUUAGAGAAACAAACUAUUCACAAUAAACAUAAUACGGUUUUACAUUCACAUAAGAAUUAAAAAAAAAAUCACUCUGUUACUCUGAAUUUUAAGAAAAUUAUUGUAAAAAUUUUUGGACACUUAUCUCAUCAGUUGGACAGAAAUUUUUAAUCCCAAAAAAAUCUCUUAUUUUGAAAUCAGGGUUUUGUUAAUUCUGAAAAAGAGAGAGUAAUUUUUCCCCAAAGCAAAUGCAAUUUAUUGGUAUUCAUUUUGCUGUUUUGUUUAAUUUCUUUAAUCGACAUUUUGCUUGACCAAUCCCGUUCCUUUCAGGCCCUCCUCUCCCGCCCCCUGCCGUACGCGUCAGUGAGAAGUCAUCGAAGGUCACGUCGUCCUCUAUCUUGUUCCGCUUCAACUGCUCCUGGUUCAGUGACGCCAACGGAGCCGUCAGAUACUUUGCUGUGAUCGUCGCCGAGUCUGAUGGUACAACAAAAAGUCAUCCUGUUAUCAUGUUUACGAUUCUUAAAAAAAGAUCUUCACAAGUUUUCAAACCAAAAGAAAAACUAUAAAAAUACGUAUUUUUCUCUUUUCUGAAAGCAAAUGAGAUGCUGCAGCCAGAGCAGCGCCACCCUCUGCCUUCGUACCGCGACUAUAUCAGUAACUCCUCCGUCAGAGCCUAUCAGAGCGCCUACUUCCCCAGUCGCUGCCCGCAGGACUCUGAGGCCUCACCUGGACAGGUAACACUUCAGCAUCAACAUGACAACACCAUUAGUUUUUUCCAGAAUGAUAAAAAGUGAAUGAAGUUUGAUUUAUUUUUCGGAUGUUGAUAUUACACUCAUGUUCCUUCAGGUGAUUGAGGUGAACUUGGGCGCAGGAGGCGAUCGUCUGGGUGGGACUUGUGAUCACUACCAUGACGACGACCUCUACCUGAGCGACAGUUACGGGGGCUUCUGCGACGGGCCGCUGAAACCCAAAACCUCGUACAGGCUGAGCGUGCGAGCGUUCACUAAACUCCUCGACGAAAACCACCGAGAGUUUCCUGAGCCGCUGUUCACCGACACGUACCUGUCCUCGCCACUCAGGACACACUCAGGUGAGUCACACACCCUUUUCCUCAGAAUAAUCCAGAUAUAGAUCCCUGUAAAUAAAAAUCAACAAUACUAUAGUGUUACUUUAACACUUUGUUGCCUUGAAAAAGAUUUUAAAAUAAUAUUUUAUUUACGCUAAUGUUUUGGAAACGCGGUAUUUUAUACUUACAUAGAAGUACCACAAGAUGGCGGUAGUUACAGUCCCUGAAUUAUCCACGGAAAUGUUUCAAAAUAAAAGUCUUGAACUGAAAUGUUUGCAGGUGCUUAAUUUUAAUCAGAUACAGGAAGUUUAGAUGGAUGUAGUACAAAAAUUUCAAUCUCCACUGUGUGUUUGUGUGUGUCAGAGCCUCUAGGGGGCGUCGUCGAGGGUUUGAGCGCCGGGAUGUUCCUGAUCGGGAUGAUGGUGGCUGUCGUCUCAUUGCUGGUUUACAGACAGAGGCUCCGCAAAGUGUGAGUGCACAAAAACAAACACUUAAUCAGGACUUUAAAGAUCCCAUAAAACUAUAAAACAGGAACUAAUUUAUCACAGCUGCAAACUGAAACUGUUGAAGCUUUUUAAACAUCACGACGGCUAAUAGAAACUGAAGAAACUUCCAGCAGUUUGUUUGGAGCAAACAUUUUCUCAUGUGUUAAUUAGUGUGUAUCUGUGUGCUUGUGUGUGUGUGUAUGCAUGUGUGCAUGUUGUGUGUGUGUGUGUGUGUGUUUGCAGGGCUGUCCAGGAAAACCCGGUGGUGAGGAUGAGUAUGUGGAAGGAGGUUCCAUCUUCAGGACUGUACGUGGGUGUCAGGAGGUAAGACCUGUGCAUGUGUGCGCAUGUGUGUGUGCAUGUGUGUGUGAGUGUGUGUGUGUGUUCUGUAUAAUUGUUUAUCUUCAGAGCGUGACAGAGAGAGAGAUUAGAUUCCAAUACCUCCUCCGUCCAAUAUGUGAGUGUGUGAAGUAUCAGUUUCCAAUAAAACACUCUCUCCCUCUCUCUCUCUCUUUCUGAUGCGCACAUCGCUCACCCACCACACUCUGCAGAAUCUGUUAAUUACUGUGUGUGUGUGUGUGUGUGUGUGUGUGUGUGUGUGUGUGUGUGUGUGUGUGUGUGUGUGUGUGUGUAUGUAAUUUUGUGCUAGAGCAGGUAUUUGUUUGUUGAGCGCUAAUCACUUGCUGUUAGUUUGUGUUUCUUAAGUUACUUUUAGAUCCACCCCUCAUCAACUCUUUGAUCUGCUCAGAUACUAACAAAAACUGACCCUCGUUUUUUUCUCUCUUUUGCAGUAAUCGGCGUGUCACCAGGUAAGAUUGUUUCUUUUUUUGGUACUUUUUGUCCUUUUUAUUUGAUUUUUUUUUUAAUAUUUGUUACUCAUUUCUAUUUCUCUGUUUAUUCAGUCCUAUCAAAGCGUGCCACUUUGAGUCCCAUCUGAGCAAACUGCAGGCCGACUCCAACUACUUGCUUUCUGAAGAGUUUGAGGUAAAAAGAAAAUAAGAACAAUGAUUUAUUAGCACAUUCAGGUAAAGAGGGGACAUAAUGCUAUUUGUUGGCGUAUUAUUUUGUCCCUUUGACAGCAACUUUAUAUGACUAAUGGCUGUAAAGAUUCUUUACAAAUUUCAGGCUGUUGUCUUUGAAAACCCUAUUUUUUUAGGCUAAAUCAAGAAACAAUUAAUUUAAGCUACCGUCUCUUUAAGGCCAUCCUAACAUUCCAGAAUCAGGCCAAGCAUUCUAGAACCUAGUUUCCCAAAACAGAGCGUUCUAGAAACCAGCAUUCCAGAUCACAGCAUUCUAGAACCCUAAAUUCUAGAACCCAGCAUUCUAGAACCUUGUUUCCCCAAAACAGAGCAUUCUAGAAACCAGCAUUCUAGAAUCCAGCAUCCAAAACCCAGCAUUAAAGAAGAUAGCAUUAUAGAACCCAACUCUGCGGAACCCAGUUUUCUAGAACCCUGCAUUCUAGGAUCUAGCAUUCUAAAACAAAACAAUCCUGGACCUUGAAUUCAAGAACCCAACCCUCAGAAAUAAAGCAUUCCAAAACCCAUGCAUUUUAGACCUGAUUAAAAAUAUACAGUACUUUUAAUACACGGUUCAUCAAUGUUGCAUCUUAAUUUUUUUUUUUUUUUUGCAUUUAGAAAACUGGGAAAUUAUUGACUUAAACAUUUAAUGCCCCAUGACACGAAUACUACUGUAGUUCCUCUAGUAAAAGCAGAAUGAUUAAGAUGCUAACUAAGCAGCAUAACACGUUUUUAUAACAUUUAUUUAGCAAAAUGAACAACAAAGUUGUAAUUUUUGACAUCAUGUUCUUUUAAAAAGUUUUAUUUUAAUUGUUUUAACUUGUAAUUGUCUUUAGUGGUAACACACAUGUACCACAAGGUGGCAGCAUCAUAAAUAAAUCCGCUCCUGAGUUACGUCUUCUACAUAAUCGGAUUCUGUUUGUGCAAUGUUAUCAUGCUUUUGUGAGAGUGACUUUAUCCUCUGGUGAUUUUAGGAUCUGAAAGAUGUUGGACGCAACCAAACUAUGGACGUCGCCCGAGUGCCAGAGAAUCGAGGAAAGAAUCGCUACAACAACAUCCUACCAUGUAAGUCCAGAAAGCAACUGUCGGGCAGUCAGAUCUGACAGAUCAGGUUAAUCCCUUAGAAUAAGAUUAGAUAACCCAGGUUUGUUCUGUUGUAUUACUAAAACUUCUUCUUGACUAUUCAUAUAAUCCUAAAUUUGUCAUUUGGUGCCCUGUGGACAAAGUAUGCAGCAUAAAAAAUCAUAGCGAGCCUCAAAUUUAGAUUUUGUCAUCUUCAAAGUCAUGCAUCUAGUUCAAUCCAGGUACUUUUUGAUAAAAAAGAGAAACUGGGACUCAAGUGAGCUGGAUUUCCUGAUCCUGGACAUCAAAAUGGGGAACUUUAAAACUUUUAUUAAAGAAAUAACUUGAGUUGAACAUUGUUGCACGGAUGGAAAAAGAAAAAUUGAAACCAGAAUCAGAGUUUGCACUGUAAAAGUUUCAGAAAGCCUCGGGCUACAGGAUCCUUUAGCGGGAGAAAUAAAUAGAUCAAUGUGAAAAUCAUUAUCAUGACGACAUCAUUAAGAGCUUUAAUUAAAGAGACAGCUCUUGUUCCCAUGGCGACAGUGAUGUAGAAGCGUGAGGGUCGAGGCUCCAGGUAAUAAAAACAUUAAUAACUGCUCGACUUAACAUGCAGAGGAUGGUCAGAGCUGCAGCAGAUCAUGUACUGCAUCAUGUAGAGUUGUUUUGUUUUCAACCUAAACUCUGUGCUUCAUUAACUUUAUCGCACAUUAAAAACAUGCUCCAUCUAUUCCUCUAUUUUUACGUCCUUCAUUAGUUCACACUGUCAGUUUAAUUAUACCUUCAUGAUCAGACACACAGUGACUGAUGGUGCGUUUUAAAACCACAUUAGGAGUUUGCAGCUCACAGCAGAGAGCGUGUGUUUUGUUCUGUUGAUUACGUGUCAGAAUCAGAGUUAAAAUAACAUCAUUAAGUUUCGGUCAUGUGUUGCUGCAGCCGAACAGAGGAUGUGAUUUGUGAACAGAGGUGACGUGUUUACAACAGCAGCAGCUCUAAUUACACACUCGUAGUAAAAUGAAUCAUUUUUUUACUUGUAAUGUGAAAGAGUUCAGCUGUGACUCAUGAACCAGAGUCAUUUAACAUUUUUAUUCAUAUUCUCACCCCGUAAUAAAAGCCGGUAGAGCUUGGUGCCAUUCAAAGAGAAAAAAAUAAGCCUUGUGUGAAUGUUCGAGCUGCAGGAGACGUGUCGAUUUAUUAAAAAGUGUUUCAGCUACUUCAGUUAUUAUUAGCGAUAUUUGAAGGUAUUUUGGUCCUGUGGAUUUUAUGUGAUCAUAAGUGGAGUAUCUUUGGGAAAAUGCAGUCUGAAGCUUUGCAAAAAUGUGAAUACGAAUUGGGAUUCGAUGACACAGCAUUAGAGCCACGAAAGACCUUAGGACUUAAGUCAUUAUGAAAGAAUAAAACUCAGAGGUUUAAAAUUAAAGUUGUUUUAUAACCAGGAUAAAAGUUUCUUUUUAUAUUUAUGUAAGUAUCCUGAGUUAAAAGCUACACUGAGAUAGCAGACUUUUGCUUUACUUUAAUUCAUAUCAUUAAUUUCAAUAUUUUAAUUGUCUAUAGCCCCGUUUAUAUGGGUAAUUUUCCUCAAUCUGAUUGAAAUCAAUCGGAUUAAGUGAAUCUGAUUCCAUCUGUAUACAUGAACUUUAAGUAAAGAGAUCCACGUUCAGUCCGCGUUUGCAUGGCCCCAGCUGAAUCCAAUUGUAUUGUUUUUUUUACAUGCGCAGAAGGUCACUCUGCCACUACAUGCAAAUGUGUAAGAGAAGAAGAGGUGCACUUCCUGCUUCCUGUUUACCUGUAGAAAGAUGGAUCAGCGUCGUGUUUUGUUGGGGACGGGUAUUGUGUUGUGGUUACAUUUAUUUGCGGUACAAGUUUGUCUCCCCCACCGUCCAGUUUUUCUGUUUGUUCACCAUGUUUGUUUUUGUUUGGGCGCGCUCGAACAAGCCUCUCUGUGAACCCAAUCUGCGCCACUCAGCCGUAUAUAUGGAGCAUGGAGCAGAUUAUCAAUAGAUGUAGACUACCUCUUAUAAUCCGACCCGAAAUACAAUCAGAUCCGAGUGAAUCAGAUUGGCUAAGGUGUUUAUAUGAGACAUUUUGAAUCUGAUUGACCUUUCAAUCUGAUUGUAAAUAGGAUUUUUGGACCCAUUUAAACAGGGCUUAUGAUAUAUGAUUAAAAAAUGUCAAUAGGAUAAGAUUUGUGGUUUAAAAACACAACUUUUAAGUGUAUAGGAUGAAAUUAGCAAAGAUAGAAGAAGUACUUGUUUUGUCCACAGGGGGUGCCAAACUCCACUCACACAAAGUUCCUCACAAGAGCUUUAAAGUUGUGUUGUUUUCUUCCAGAUGAUUCCACCCGAGUGAAGCUGUCGUACCUGGAGGACGACCCCUGCUCGGACUACAUCAACGCCAGCUACAUGCCUGUAAGAGCGCUCAUAAAAACACACUUAAAUACACACUUAAAAACACUCUUAAAGGAAACUCACACACCAUGGUACGUGUGUGCAGGGUAAUAACUACCGCAGGGAGUACAUCGCCACUCAGGGCCCGCUGCCCGGGACUAAAGACGAUUUCUGGCGAAUGGUGUGGGAGCACGGCGUCCAUAAUGUUGUCAUGGUGACGCAAUGUGUGGAGAAGGGACGGGUGAGUCAGUGGUGGUUUAAAUUUAGGGUUUUAGUCAGGUGGGUAGGUAGAUAAGUGUUCAAACGUUGUGUUUCUGUGCAACAGGUGAAGUGUGAUCAGUACUGGCCUGCAGACAGAGAACCUCUGUACUACGGUGAUCUGGUCAUUCAGAUGCUGUCCGAGUCCGUCCUGCCGGAGUGGACCAUCAGAGAGUUCAAGAUCACAUCGGUACCUUUUCCAUUCCUCUAACUCUGCAUCCUGAAACUCUAAAUUGGAUCAAAACUCAGAUUGUACAUCUAAUAAUUUCUAAAUCCCGACAGGAGAGCGGCUGCACUUAUCCUCGGGUGCUGCGACACUUCCACUACACUGUGUGGCCUGACCAUGGAGUCCCAGAGAGCACACAGUCCCUGAUCCAGUUUGUCAGGACUGUUCGGGACUACGUGGACAGAUCCCCGAGCACUGGAGCCACCGUAGUGCACUGCAGGUAUGACAAGGGGCAAACCUGAUUAUGUUCAGUUUUAACAGACGUCCUGCAGAGUUACUUGAUCAUGUUGGAGCUUCCAAAUUUCCUCAUUCCAUCAGAAACGAUUCACAAAUCAACUUUUUUUCUUAUAAUUUCAGUGAUUUGUUCGAGAAGUUUUUCAGCCCACUGUAUAUAAAUCUCACAGCUGAUUUUGUGUGUUUUUUUUAGUGCUGGUGUGGGCCGUACAGGGACGUUUAUCGCCUUGGAUCGGGUUCUGCAGCAGCUGGACUCUAAAGGAACCAUCGACCUUUACAGCUGUGUGUUUGACCUCCGCCUGCACCGCCAACACAUGGUCCAGACUGAGGUACGCGCUCCAUUAAAAGGCUAAAAUGAAAGGCUCUGACCCUCAUACGAAUGUCCAUCGAUUAAAGGACCAAAACAUUUCCACAAAAGCAGUAAAUAAUGGAUCUAGUUAAGUCAGAAUACCUGGAAAAUAAGACUGAGCCAGUGUUGGAAAACCAUUUAAUACAGGGCCCAAAAUUGACUAAAAGACAAAUACUCAACCAUCCUAAACUAAAGGUACAAAUCAAUGUUAAAACACCAGAAAAUGUAAGACCAAAUACAGGGUUGAGCCAGAGCUAAAAGACCAGUAAAUAAAGAUCUUAUAGGAGUUAAAUAUCAGAAAAUUGGUAACUUAAUUCAUGCUAGAAGACCACUAAAUACAGGACCAACAAAUCCAGGAUGUUUUCACCGGAUGAAGGAUCAAACUAGUACUAUUCUUAAAAUCUGGUGAACAUAAGAUCUGAUCAGGGCCUUAAUAUCAGGGAAUUUACAACUGAUCUUGGGCAAAUAGAUCACUAUAUUAAGACACAGUUGGGGCUAUAACACCAGACCUCAAUACCCCCAAAUAUUGGAACUGACUGGUGCUUAAAGUUGAGCAUAUAUUACUAAAAAAUCAGAACAUUGGAGAUUAAAAAAGCUCCAAAACAAAAAAAUGGUCUGUAUCAGGGUGUUUAUUGUUUUUUGACCUUAUGUCUUCAUGUGUUUAUGUUGCAGUGCCAGUAUGCCUUCCUGCAUCAAUGUGUUCGAGACGUCCUGAGAGCCAGAAAACAUCGCGGUGAACAGGAAAACCCUCUAUACCCCAUCUACGAAAACUUCAAUCCUGAGUACUGCCGUGGUAAGACUAAUGUGAAAAAAUUAUUUAUAACACCAGAACUCAACAGACUGUGACUCUACUGCUCAGAUUCAGCAGCUGAAACUCGUCCAGUUUAUCACUGGCACAGAGUUUUUACAAAUGUAUUUUAAGACUUAACACUCCAAAUUCUUUUCUUCUAUUUUCUUCUUCUUUUCUAUAUAUCUGUACUUAUGUAUACAUAUAUGUAUAUUCAGCUUUUGAUUAAAGUUGCCUUGUUUUGUCUGUUUUUCUCUCCUCAGAUUUCAUCUACACUGGGCGCUAAAAUGAGGCGAAAUUCAACAAUCAAGAGAGAAGAAAUGUUUCUAAAUAUGAGAAAUCUGAUAUUCUGGCACCACAUGUGACAAAACAAGGAACAAUCAACAUGUUAUGAAAGUUCAGAAAAACUAUUAAAUGGUUUUAGAGAUUCCUGGGUUAAGGCUAACUCCCAAAAAUUCUUUGAACUAUUUCUUUCCCAUGUUUGAGAGCGAGCAAAGCGCAUACUCAAAUCAACGUCAAAUUUUAAACAUGACAAAGCUCCCUUUAUGGACUUUGACCCAAUUGAAAUUGGUAUUUUAUUUCUAUUAUUAUUUCUAAUGAAACCCUGUAAAACGGAAUUUUAAAACCUUUGUUUAACAUGUUGCGAUAAAAUGUGUUUAAGGAUGGAGUUUGGAGGGUAAAAGGGUUGAUCUCAGGUUGUUGGUGGUUUUUAAAGACAUGAGCUCAAGUGUGUUAGCUAGCAAUGAUAGCACACCUGCUAACCUCAACAAUAUAUAAAUAAGUUACAGGUAGGAGAAGAGCCAUCAUCUGUUUGUCAAUUUUUUACUGUCUGUUUUCACUCACUGCUCAUAUAAGCUGUUUAUUUAAAAUGUUACACACAUUGCUGUAUGUAAAUAUUGAUGUAAUACUCCUUUUUAAAACAUAAUAAUGCAGUUAGUCUGUUUAUCAACUGUUUUGUAAUAUUGAUUUUCUAUAGCGAUGUUAAGCUGCUGUAUCUAGACUUUAGAUAUAACCUGCUUUUAAAUUUGCAUACCAGACUUUGUUUUAUACAUUAAGUUGUUGAUAAAUAAUCUUAGAAUAUAUUAGAAAAGUCUGAAGAGGAGCUCCAUUUUAUUUUCUAUUCAACAUAUUAAGUGUCUUUGUCUAAAUCUGAAAUAUUUUUAUGAUAGUCGAGGUGUCUGUUCUCAACCUGAAUUAUGUGAAAUAUUUAAAAGAGAACUUGAUUAUUAAUAAAUGUAUAUGAUACAG